CAGCACAUCUCUAUCAAAUAUUGGUUAGUGAUUGUGAUUAAUACUUUUUGCUCCAAAUGGGAAAUUCAUUUAUUUUAUAUAAAAACUAAUAAUUUUAAUUCCUCACAUUACUUCUCAAAGAAGUAAUAAACACUCAAAGAUGAUGCUUUUCAUGUUAUUAUUCAGUCGGCAAGGGAAACUAAGAUUGCAGAAAUGGUAUAUGGCUUAUCCCGAUAAAGUAAAAAAGAAGAUCACGCGCGAAUUGGUGACCACCAUACUUGCACGUAAGCCAAAGAUGUGCUCAUUCUUGGAGUGGAAAGACUGCAAAAUUGUAUACAAACGAUAUGCGAGUUUAUAUUUUUGUUGCGCCAUUGAACAGAACGAUAAUGAGCUGCUAACACUCGAAAUCAUUCACCGUUAUGUGGAGUUGUUGGAUAAAUAUUUCGGAAGUGUUUGUGAGUUGGACAUAAUUUUCAAUUUUGAAAAAGCGUACUUCAUCUUGGAUGAGUUGUUGAUUGGUGGUGAAAUUCAGGAGACAUCAAAGAAAAAUGUGCUUAAAGCGAUUGCAUCCCAGGAUCUACUACAAGAGGACGAAGCUGUUGAGGGCACUUUAAGAGACAUUGGACUACUGUAAAAUGUUGCAAAAAAUUUAUGCGAAAAAACUAAGUAAAAAUAGCAAUAAAGCUUUAAACUUACAUUCCUCAAUUUUAUCGAUGAAAUUGCCUACACAUUUUUAAUCACUACACGAAAAUAUUCAAUAUAAAUACAUAUAUCAAAUUAAGAAUUGUACUGACAAAUUAGGCGCAAUAUUUGAAAAGUAAAUGAUAAUUUUCUAACCUAAAUUCAUUAGCACUUAUCUAAACUGUAGGUAAUUUUUACUCUUGCGUUUCUAACAAUUAGGUAUUGUAAAAUAUUAUAUUUGAUUGAGAUGCGUUUCUUUUGCGUGUGUGUGUGCGCGUGUGUGUUACAAGAUAGUGAUGAGGCAUAUACAGUUCAGCAGAAAUAAUUAAAAUUUGAAGUUACAUAUUCAUUAUUUGUUUGACCAAUAUAGGGGAUCUGCGCAUAAACACGUUUGUUUUUGGCAGAUGCUAUUCGCAAAUCAAACAAAGCCAAUCACUUAAAAUUUUGCUUAUCAGCGUUUUAUUUAUGUAUGUAUCGAAAUGAAUAUCAUCGCAGCUAUUGUAUAAAAUCCAUGGUUGAAUAAAAGUUGCUAUCAGUGAAAUCAUAGCGUAAAGACACAUUUUGUGUGCAGCAAAUACGGUUUAGUUAAAGUCUCUUUACUAUAAUUUAUCACUAAUAUAUUUUUAAAUAAUAGGUUAAAUACAAGUUGUGCCAAGGCAGAUGAAAAUUUUAAUAUUGGAAUGUUUUCCAGAAAAUCUUAUCUUUUUCUUCGAAGUUAAAUUCGCAGAUAAUAGAUAAGAGAAAUAAUGCCUAAAAAUCGUAUAUUCGGAAAAUUUUUCUUCAUUAGUAUUCUGUUUGGCCUGCAUGCAUUAUGGCCUAGACAGACGAAGGCGUUAAUCCGGAUUACCGACGCAGUUAAUUCUGAUUAAAUUUAUAAUGUGAUAGACGGUUGUUACGCGGGUUAGUGAACAACUGAUUUGUUCAUUGGAUAGUUUUCAUAGUAAAAGAUGGAUCGCAGGCGACAAAAUAAUAAAUAUUUGUUUAAAAAAAAAUCUUAAUUUGCAAUUCCUUUUCCUGAGAUAAUUCCGAAUUAAGUCGUUAAUACCGAUUAAACUCCCGUCUGUCUAGGCUAUUACGCUAAGGAAUAAAAAAUCAUUGUUAAAAUGGAUGUGACGUGUCGUUAUUUUGUGACAGAUAAUUCAGCAUUUUCAUUGGUGAAAAGUAAUCAAACCUUUUGUUUAAUAGCUGAAUAUAUCUUUUUUCGAUAUUCCCAUAUUAAUAUCAUACAGUAAAAAUAAGUAUUUAAACCAUUUUUUCAAAAAUUUAGUCAUUUGGAACUUUAAAUUCUUUUAAAAAAAUUUUGUUUAUGAGAAAAUCAGAAACUGAGUAUGCAGCAUUACUACAUAAAAUUUAGAGUUUCACGUAUAUGUGCAGUUGUUCCUGGGUAACAAAAAAACAUUUCCAUAUCUGCUAAAAUUCGAGGUUUGCUGUUGUAUGCUCUUAAUAUAUCCUCACAAGAAAGUUAAGCCCGAGCUCCGAUUGGGACACUUGGCGCUAUUUCUUUGUAAAAUUUGAUAUGCCUUUAAAGAGUUGCUUGAUGACGUAUGUUAGGUAUUUUGCUUUUCUAUUUCUGAUUUGUAUAUCGGCAUGAUUUUUAAAAGAUUUAACGUGUGCCAAUAUGAACUGCUGUCCAGGGUUCGAAUUAUGUGUUCCAUCACCUAAUCGACAAUAGUUUGAAAACAGUUUACGCGAGCGAUGGUAUGCAUGACAAUAUUGGAACUAUGACUUACGUUCACUGACGUAUCGUAAUUUGUCACAGAGUGUAAUAGAUUCAAGGCCAAUUGUAAUAGAAAUAAUAAAUAAAUUAAAUGGAAGCCGAACUACUUUUUUGUUUAGAAAGUUCCGAUGAGGAGGUAUAUGUACCCGCGUAUUGAGAGAAGAAGGCUAAGGGAUUCUCUUGUUUUGCGACUAAAUGAGUAAGUUCUUUUAAAGAUAAAACUUAGUGCUUAACUUAAAUUUUUUUUUUUUUUAAUACAAGAAGCUUUCCAAUAUCUUACCAAUCUGUCCUUAUUUACUUACACUUUUCUUCUUAUGUAUCUUUUUUUGGUUUUGAUUUCUGAAUCAGUCUUUUUGAGAGUCAAGCAAUCGAGUUGUAUUCCGUUUCCGAACGGCAAAUAGUUUUUAUGACGGGCUGUUUUCAUGGGUGGAAGAUACUCUAACGAGGGGGCUACCGUUCUUAGAAAAAACUUGUUCUAUCAUUUGGUGGUUCAUACUCCAAGAUUCGAAUCCGGGUAUUAUCGAAUGGUAGUCACGCUCAAGCCAAUUCGUAGCAGUGCUGGUUUGCUGAACCGAGUCAUCUAAGGGUCCUAAGCCAGAACGUGCCCUAAAAUAGCUCCAAUCGCUCCACUCUAUUCCAACAAUUUAACUACAGUUUAUAUGGAGGCUUUUCUGGCAGACGCCGCUGAAAAAACUUGUGUCCGCGGUCAAGCCCACCAGAGCAUGGAUACGAAAAAACCCAGUAGGAACUUCACGAAAGGUGAACGAGGCCCCUGAUCUUAAAAAGGUUAAAUUCCUGAAACAUCAGCCCUUUAUUGGGGAAACCCGAGUAAUUCCGGUAUGUAGAGCCGUCUGUCAGUGGAAUCUUUAUUUUUGUAUUUUCUCGCAAGUAUUUUUAAGCUAUAAUGAUUUCAUUUUAACAUACAUACAAUUCAACGCUGUGGAGCUGACUGUCGAGGAUUCCGAUUAUUUAUUGUAUUAUUUGUUUAUAUUUAUCAAUCUUUAUUAGGGUAUUUUUCAGUACCGAUUUUUAAGCUUUAAUGCGAUACAAUGAAAUAAAUUAAAUACAAUGAAGUAAAUUAAUGCACCAUAGUCGAAUUCUAUUCAUGCAAAACUUAUGAGUAAGUCCUUUCCACUGAGAUCAACAGUUUAUUAUAUAAUUUUUAGUAAAACAACUUUCGAACUGUACAUUUAAACCCGAAAGAAAACAUUAAGAAUCUUAAAACCAAAGAGAAAAGCAGUUGAAGAAAAGUAAAAUGUCUAAAGCAAUUAAAAAAAUUAUAAAUGAAAUAUGUAUAUGUAGAUUAACAUAUAUGGCAUCCUAAAAAAGUAGUUAUUCUUCCGAGUACAUUAGGAUGCGUUGUAUGAACUCAUAAAACAGUUGAUCUAAAACAAUUCUACAACUCGCUUUGGGCAAUAUUUUCAAAGAAAUCAAAAGUCGAGCAUUACUUUCACGUCUCCAACCAUCCAUCAUUCUGAGCAACAAUAUCGCAGAAAACCAAUUAUAUCUCAAAUAUGGAGACGUGAA